AUGAAAUGCAUUAAAAAUAUUGCUGCUAAACUUGAGAAGGGGCAAGUAGGACAAGGAGAAAAGGGGGAGGGUCCUCCUCCUUGUGUUGAUUCAGAGAUGAACUCAAGACCUCGUCUCAUUGCUCACUUUGCUGAGCCUUCUCUGCGUUGCUGCUACAAGGAAGCUUACUCAGUGGUCAAGAAAGGUUGCUCAAGUGCUUCUCACACUGCCAUGCAUAUUCAUUUUCCCAACUAG